CUAGUGCAUGCAUUGACCCCAAUUUUUUAAAAAUUGGUAGAAUUAAACCAUCAUACAAGUGAAAUCUAUAUUAUAUAUAUAUAUAUAUAUAUAUGCAGAAGAGAUAAGAGAGAGAUUAAAAAGUCUUUAAAAUGUCUAUAUGAAUAGGAGUAAUAUUGAGAGUCGUAAGUGAGUAAUUGAAGAUGAGGUUCCAGCGUUCAAAUAUUGAUCAAGACCAUACAGGAUCUUGAUCCUCAGCCUAUAUUAAACAACAUAUAUAUAGGGAUGGCUCUAGAGAAGAUCACAUGGAAAUGCAUUAUCCCAGGAUGUUACAAGAGUCAUGAGAGCCGGACGUUGGCCAAAUCGAAAAAAAAGGUUUCGAAACAAUCGUCUUUUCAGAGGCUAUCUUUAUCAGAUGUAAGCGAUCCCAGCUCACCGCUAUGUGCGGAUGAUCUCUCCAAUUCUCUCAUUGCCUCAAAACUUCAUGUGUUUUCGUUAGCAGAGCUAAAAGCUAUCACAAACGGUUUCUCAUGGAGUAAUUUGCUUGGCGAGGGUGGGUUUGGACCCGUGUACAAAGGAUUUAUUGAUAACAAGCUUCGUCCUGGAUUGGAUGCUCAGCCUGUAGCCGUUAAACUCCUAGACUUGGAUGGCUUGCAAGGCCAUAGGGAGUGGCUGGCAGAAAUAAUCUUUCUAGGACAGCUGAGGCAUCCUUAUCUUGUUAAGCUGAUUGGAUAUUGUUGCGAAGAUGAGCACAGGCUUCUGGUAUAUGAAUACAUGGCAAGAGGUAGCCUAGAAAAUCAACUCUUCAGAAGGUAUUCUGCUGCCCUGCCAUGGUCAACUAGAAUGAAAAUUGCUGUUGGAGCAGCAAAGGGAUUAGCCUUUCUUCACGAAGGAGAUAAGCCAGUCAUAUUCCGAGAUUUCAAAACUUCCAACAUUUUAUUGGACGCUGACUAUACACCUAAACUCUCGGAUUUUGGGCUGGCAAAGGAUGGUCCCGAAGGAGAAGAAACACAUGUAACCACACGUAUAAUAGGCACACAAGGUUAUGCUGCACCAGAAUACAUCAUGACAGGUCAUUUGACCACCAAAAGUGAUGUGUAUGGAUAUGGAGUAGUCCUUUUAGAGCUGAUAACAGGUAGGCGUUCAAUAGAUAGGACUCGACCAAGUCGUGAACAAAGCCUUGUUGAAUGGGCAAGGCCUUGCAUGAAAGACACAAGAAAGCUUGACAAGAUUAUAGAUCCGAGGCUAGAAGGUCAAUUUUCUAGCAAAGGAGCUCACAAAGCAGCUGCCUUGGCUUACAAAUGCUUGAGCCACCAACCCAAAUGCAGACCUACUAUGAGCAAUGUGGUCACUAUCUUGGAAGCUCUUCAGGAUUUUAACGACUGGUUUGUUAGACCUUUUGUAUACGUUGCGCCAACUGAAAAUUCUAGCAAUCAAUAUCCUGUAAAAGAUGAAAGAAUACGAAGUGAAACAGAAAAAGAUGGCAAUGAAGAAAAUGGUAUACAUUGCCACAGCAAUAAUAAUGGUUGGAGGCCUCUGGUAACUUACUCUGAUACGUCCCUAUAUUCCAGAUUUAGAAAUGAGUUUUAGUGUUUGUUUUUUUUUUUUUUUUUCUUUUUUUCUUUUUUUUCCCUAAAACAAUUGUAUGUAUUAAGAGGUACUGCGCAUGGAAAUUUAUCACGGUGUCCUCAUUGUGUGUGUGUGUGUGUUUUUUUUAUUUUUUAUUUUUUAUUAUGAGUUUUUCAAAUGGAGAAAUGUAAUUUUGUUUCUCUCUGUUAACUUUUUAAAUUUGUGGUAGAAAGUCCGCAAAGGUAAAUAUAGCUUCAUAAGGUCUUGUUGGAAAUUUUGGCUUA